AUGGAGACAUGGAAUUCUGAAGUUGCAAAGAAUGCCGAAAUUUGGGCAAGGAAGUGCGCCUUUUCUCACAGUCCUACACAUCAACGAAGAAUUAGUUUUGCUGGCUGUGGAGAGAAUUACUUUUCGUCCACUGCUCCCAAAUCAUGGUCCCACGUAAUUCAAACUUUCUAUGAUGAAGUUAAAGAUUUUGAAUUUGGAUUAGGUGACACUCGAGCAAAUGCUAAAACUGGCCAUUAUACCCAGCUUGUCUGGGCGUCUUCCCACCAGCUUGGCUGUGCAGUAGCUCACUGUCCUCACCGGAAGUACAAAUAUUUCUACGUUUGCCAUUACUGCCCUGCGGGAAAUAACAAGAACACACUAAAAACACCAUAUAAGUUAGGCCAGCCAUGCGGGGACUGCCCUGGUCAUUGUGACAGUGGACUUUGCACCAAUCCUUGCAUGCAUGUGGAUAAUUACUCCAAUUGUGCUGCUCUGGUCAAGAAAGAAGGAUGUGGAGCAAAAAUCACAAAAGACAGCUGCAAAGCUACCUGCAAAUGCCCUUCAGAAAUAAAAUAA